CAGUCCACUGCUAGCCCAGCACCAGGGAUCCUAUUGUCAAGGAUGGGUAGUAAAGAGACCUCCUGAGUCAUCUGCAAAACCAGUCUAGGUUUAGGCUUGAAAAAGAGAGAGAGAGCGAGAGCAAGAAGAGGACGUGUGAAAUCAGCACCCCCCCCCCCCAAGGAGCAGGAUGCCUGGCCAAGAAGAAGUUAGGGGAUGAACUUCAUCUAUGUGAGUUAUAUUUUGGAAAAAGAAGUCAGGAUGUAUCCAGGUUCUGUACGAUGCAACGGCAGCAGCAACCUACCAGCACAAAACUUUCCUUCUGCUACACCUUAUGUAGAUUACAUAGGAUACCAUCAUUCCCAAAGUAUGGAGAAUCGUGGACAACCUUCAGGGACUUGGGGAACACCUUAUGGGCUGCCUAGGGAAGAUUGGGGUGCUUAUGGGCCAGGAACCUCCAACCCCAUAAGCUCCCCCCAGAUCAACAGGUCUUCUCCUGGACAGGUUUCCUUCUCUUCUGCUGAUUACAGUUCCCUGAACGUUGCUGGUUCUGUGACUUUACCUUCUCUGGACACCAUGAAUUCAGAGGCAAAUUCCCCUCCCCUCAGCCAGAGGCACAGCUCCUAUGAAUGGAUGAGGAAAACGGUCCAGUCUACUUCAACAGGUAAAACAAGAACAAGAGAGAAGUACCGUGUGGUGUACACAGAUCAUCAGAGGUUAGAACUAGAGAAGGAGUUUCAUUACAACCGAUAUAUCACCAUCCGAAGGAAGUCUGAGCUUGCGGCAAAUCUGAGACUUUCUGAAAGACAGGUGAAAAUCUGGUUCCAAAAUCGCAGAGCCAAAGAAAGGAAACUAAUGAAGAAGAAAAUGACCAGUUUUGAUGGCGGCAGCCUGGGCUCCAUCCAGAGUGACUCUGGUUCCAUGAGCCCUAUUCCAGUUCAUGACCCACAGACUCACUCAGAAAUGGCUGGCACUUUGUUUCCACCCCCACCCCCACCCCCUCCCCCACCCCCACCCCCUCCUCUUUCCAUGAAUGGUCUUCAGCACAAUGGAACAAUUACACGAGUUGUGGUCUCUCAGUGAGGACUUUCCGCCAAGUCAAGAACACAGCAACACAAGUUUGCAGUGGAGCCAACAGAGCAGUUGGCACUACAACUCCCACACCUGGCUUCCCCAUGGCCGUUUGCAAAAGACAGAGGGCUUUCCACCAAAGCUUGGUGGCCACACAACCAUUUUGGACAAGAGGUCCUGUGAUACUGAGGGAAGGGGGUAAACCAUGAGCUCUCGGUUACAAAGUUGUGCUGGUUGGAGGCAGCGAGAAUGGCUGGAGCAGAACGCCUCUCCUGCUUCUGUACUAGUGGUCCUGCACUUUGUUUGACUAGAGAUUGGAAGAUUUCACACACUUUGGCAACUUCAACCUCUUGUUUUAUAUUUUUCCUGGUUCACAGGGUGAAGACACGGUAUCAGAAGAAAUACCACACUAGCAUAACUUAUUGUCAGGGUUGGGCCUAUGACAUCUGCUUUGCAGAAGGAGAGAGAUAGUGCUGGAUGUGGAAGAAAGCACAAAGCACAACUUGCUGUGAAUCAUAGCUUUCCUGUUUUUAAAAUAUAUAUAUAUCCUAAGAUUCUAGUCUUUAUCACAAAGAUAUAGGUUGGGAGGGAGGGAUGUCUGUUUUUUUUAAAAAAAUCAUAAUCCAGGUUUCUACGGAUUGAGAAGAUGGAGGUGAGGUUCUGGAAUUUUUUUAGAACUCUCUGCUUCCUCCACUACUAUAAUAUAAACUAUACAUGAUGCAAAUCUGCCCAAUUUGCACUAUUUUUUAUCAAUCAUAAUAUUCAGUUUGUUUUGGUGUGGGACUGGCUCAUUUGAAUGCUGAAUUUUAGUGCACAGAUAUCUGACACCAUUAAACAAAUUUGCAGAUCA